AUGUCGGACCUAGACGUUGAUCCAAACGAAUACAACAAAUUACGAAGUAUCUACAAAUACUACAUUGAUUCAUAUAUUGCGCUGCAUCAGCUGAAAACGGAUAAGGAAGAAGAAUUAAACAAGAUUUACAAAAUGAUCAAAACAUAA